GGCCAACUCAAUUCUUGGCUCAAUGAGUCAUCAAUCAUCAGGCACACUUGGAAGCCACUCGUAGCUCUUUUAAGUUAAGCAUGCAAACAAAUUUAUCUUCAGCUUCCCCCACUGUUCAACGGAUACUAUUAAUAAUCUGUAAUGGCGUUUUAGUCUCUGCAAUCGAAUCACGCCACUUGGAUGAUUCAUUCCCAAUCUUUUUCUAAACAUCUUUUCGUUUUGUUUUGUUAUGUCAUAGUCCCACUGUUCUUCCCCGUCUCUACUGCUUUGAAUCGAUUAGUGGCCAACCAUUCCCCAUUAGUCACCUUUCCAUGGAAACUUGUCCUUUUAGUUAUCUCAGUUUCUGGGUUUGGUACAUUUCCUCUCAUUUUUCUUCCACAUACGCAAAUUCCCUUUAUCAGCCACAGAUUUCCCACACACUUAUUUCUCUGCAACUCUGCUGGUUCUUCCACCAUUUUUCUGCUCUGAAGUGUCAAAGUUGCAACCUUUGCUGACAAAACAACAAACCUCGCCGAUUCAAGCAGGUGGGUUGGAAAAAAAAAAGGGACUUUGAUUGCAUGGCGAUAAAACGUUAAACAAAACCACUUUUGUCUUCUUCAGAAAAAAGGGUCUGAAAUCUGUUUGGUACGUUUCCCUUUCUUUCGUUUCAACUAAGGGAACCGAACUGACCUUAUUAUGGCGACGACAGUUUAGUCGGGAGAGAGAAACAGUGGCUUUUGAGCUCUGGUAAGAGUGACUCUCUCUCAAGUCUCUUCAUCUCUUGAAAGCCUGAAACUUGCUUUAUAUUUGGUGGACUUUCUAUAACGUAUUGGUUUGGGAAUUCGAUACAUCUCAGUACUUUGGAAAGUGAGUAAUCAGUUAUGUUAGGCAGGAAUGCGGAGUGAUGGUUCUUUCCCUUACUGGAUUCUUUUGCUAAUGGUGUUUUGUGGAUUAAGUAAUCUAAGAAUCCCAGCCUAAUCUCCUGUCUCUUCUUUUCUUAGUAUAUAGAGGAGAGCUUUUUGGUGGUGGGUCUCUAAUCUCUAGGUGCUGGCUCAAAUGAUGGCUGAUUCUGAUCCUUCAUUUCCAUCUAUGGCCAAGCCAAAACUCCCUCUGUGGGUUUUUGUCAAAGAUUUUAGGCUGGUACUUACACUGGAUGAGCUCGGUUUAGAGAUAGCUCGAAUAGCUCUGCCAGCUGCUAUGGCUUUGACAGCUGAUCCCAUUGCUUCUCUUGUUGAUACAGCGUUCAUUGGCCGAAUAGGUUCUGUAGAACUUGCUGCUGUUGGAGUUUCCAUUGCUUUAUUCAAUCAAGUUUCGAGGAUUGCAAUCUUCCCACUAGUCAGUGUUACAACGUCGUUUGUAGCUGAGGAAGAUGUGAUGGCGAAAGUGGCAGCAGAAGCAGAAGAGAGCGAGUCGUUGGAAACCGGCUUAGUUACUACCAAUGAGAGUAAAGAAUUGAUACCACAAAAUGGUGAACCGCCAAAUUCCGGAGAUGUCAGCAGCUUUGAGGUAGCGACUAGUAAGGUCACAAAUGAAAGAAGACAUAUACCUUCUGCCUCAUCAGCUCUGGUCAUUGGUGCCAUUCUUGGCCUUGUCCAAACUGUGUUCCUCAUUUCUGCUGCAAAACCACUUCUCAACUUCAUGGGGGUCAAAUCUGACUCGCCGAUGUUAGCUCCUGCACAACAAUACUUGACCUUGAGAUCGCUUGGUGCUCCUGCGAUUCUCCUCUCCUUAGCAAUGCAAGGUGUUUUUCGGGGUUUCAAGGAUACGAAAACCCCUUUGUAUGCUACUGUGGCCGGUGAUGUCACAAACAUCAUUUUGGAUCCUAUACUUAUGUUUGUUUUCCGUCUCGGGGUCAGUGGUGCCGCCAUUUCCCACAUCAUAUCGCAGUACCUGAUCUCAAUCAUACUACUGUGGAAAUUGAUUGCACAAGUUGAUCUAGUACCACCCAGCAUCAGGCAUCUGCAAUUUGGCCGGUUCCUCAAAAAUGGCUUUCUGCUAUUGAUGAGGGUAGUGGCUGUUACAUUCUGUGUUACUCUUUCUGCAUCCUUGGCUGCAAGACAAGGUCCAACGUCCAUGGCAGCAUUUCAGAUAUGCUUGCAGGUCUGGAUGGCCACAUCACUCCUCGCUGAUGGGUUGGCCGUGGCUGGCCAGGCAAUAAUCGCAGGUGCUUUUGCUCAGAAAGACUUCGAGAGGGCCACAGCAACUGCAUCUAGAGUACUGCAGCUAGGAUGGCUUCUAGGUCUGGUGCUGGCAUUGGUGCUUGGAUUGGGGCUGACAUUCGGAGCGCGGAUAUUCACAAACGAUGUUGAUGUUCUUCACCUGAUUGGCAUAGGCAUCCCGUUUGUUGCAGGGACUCAACCCAUCAACGCAUUGGCUUUCGUCUUCGAUGGCGUCAAUUUCGGAGCAUCCGAUUUCGGUUAUGCUGCCUACUCAAUGGUUCUGGUUGCCAUAUUCAGCAUUGGGUGUUUGCUGUUUCUGUCUGCAAGUUACAAGUUCAUUGGCCUCUGGAUAGCUCUUACCAUCUAUAUGAGCCUCAGAGCUUUUGCUGGUUUCUGGAGGUUGGGGACUGGAACAGGGCCAUGGAACUUCCUCAGAAGACUGUAAAAAAGGACCAGGACCACCUGUUACAGCUCAUUUUGCUCUGCAUACUUGUGUUGUGUGUAGUUGCUUGCUAGAAAGAAAUCCCGAAGUCAACAUGUAAAAACAAUUCUCCCAUUGUAAAUAAGAGCAGUAGAAUUUUGAGCUCAAAUGUUAAUCCAAUGAAGCGUCAUCGUCUCUAACAAAGAGUUGGUUCUUUAUGCAAAACACAUUCAUAUAGUAUGGUUCAUCUGUACGUUAUAUAUCGAUUUGGUC